AUGCCUUGUCGAUUACGGAAAAUCACAGUUUACGAAACUGCGGGCCGAUUUUAUAUAGUUGGGAGUGACAGUACAGGCUCUCGUUAUAAUGUGCUCAAAAUUGAUCGAAUUGAUCAUAAAGUUUUGUUAACCGGUGAACCAGAAUGUGAUUAUAAAAGAGAAGAAAUUCUCGAGCUUCUCGCAACGAUCUCCGAAGGAAGUUCAGUUGUUUAUCGAUCUUCUUCUAAAAAAGGAACUAAAAGCGGAUUGGUUGAACGCGUGAGCAAUGCGUUUGGAAUUCUGGGAGUUGUUAAAUUCCUUGAAGGCUAUUAUUUGAUUAUAAUCACGAAAGCGAAUGCCGUGGCAACAUUGGGCUAUCAUCCCGUGUACAAAGUCGCCGAAGUUGCCAUGAUUCCAAUCGCGAUGGAUGGAGUCUCGAGUAGCUCCGAAGAGCAGAAAUAUGUUAAACUAUUCCAGUCUGUCGAUUUGUCAACCGAUUUCUAUUUUUCGUAUAGCUAUGAUUUGAGUAGAACUUUUCAAGUGAAUGCGCUUAGAACGGAUUGGAAAAAUAAUGGAACAAGAAAAUUGGAAGCUGAAAAUCGGUUUGUGUGGAAUGAAUAUCUACUAGAUCCUCUGCGAAAGAACCUGAUCAGUGAGCGUUGGUUCGUUGAAGUUGUCCAUGGCUAUGUUCGCCAGGAGUAUAUUUUCCUUCCUGUUGCUCGAUUGUCAUUCACUUUAAUUGGCCGUCGAUCUACUCAAUACGCUGGAACGCGAUUCUUGAAACGAGGAGCGAAUCCGCAUGGACAAGUUGCGAAUUUCGUCGAAACUGAACAAAUCAUUUGGGAUAUGACGUCAUCGGGAAACAUCAAUCAUGGACGAUUCUCGAGUUUUGUCCAAAUUCGCGGAUCUGUUCCGCUUCGUUGGUCGCAAGAUCCGUCGACGCGGGCCGUCGUUGGAAAACCGCUCAUCCUCAUUGAUAAUCACGAGCCUCAUGCACAAACAGCCGCUUCUCAUUUUAGAGAUCUUCGCAACAAAUAUGGAAAUCCGUUGUUUAUUAUGAAUUUAAUCAAACGCAAGGAAAAACGAAGCCACGAGGGUGUUCUUCACACUCAAUUUUUGAAAAACAUUGAAUAUUUGAACCAAUUUCUUCCCGAUGACGAACGACUUUGCUACGUCUCAUUUGACGUCGCACGAUGCAAUAAAGCAGCCAAUUCGAUGCCAUCGAUAAACGUUCUUAAUGUCAUGGAAGACCUCGCGCUCAAAGCGAUUCUCAAAACUGGAUGGUUUCAAUCGUUCCCAAUAGCAGAAUCUGUGAGAUUGCUGAAACGUGAGGCUUUCGCGUCACUCGAACCGAAAUAUGAAGGAAAAUUUAUGAUUCAACAUGGGCUUUGUCGUACAAAUUGUGUUGAUUGUCUCGAUAGAACGAACGUUGCUCAAUUUGUCAUUUCUAAAGUAGCCCUUGCUUGUCAACUCUGCGCUCUUGGAGUGCUCGACGAGCCAACCCUCAAUCUACAAGGUGAAGUUUGUAGAUUACUAGAAGAUAUGUUCGAUGAGCACGGGGACACAAUGGCUCUACAGUAUGCUGGAAGUCAGCUUGUUCAUUCCAUCAAGACAUAUAAGAAAACUGCCGCGUUCCAGGAGCGACGGCGUGACGUACUGCAGACUCUUUCUCGUUAUUACAGCAACACAUUUGGAGAUUAUGAUAAACAGGCCGCUAUAAAUUUGUUUCUUGGAGUUUUUCGGCCAAAAGUUUCCAGCAAAAAACAGCUAUGGGAGCUCACUAGUGAUUCUUUUCUCCAUUUCCCAUUCAAGCUUAAGAUUCGUACCGAUUAUCGAGCUUGGAUGUUAACAGAGAAGGAAGUUGAGCAUUUGGUUUUUUUGGAUUUCGAUCCGAACCAUCCGGAUAAACUAAUUGAUUUUAAAGAAACAGAACCUGAAAAAGAAAGAACAAAAAGUGAAAACGACUAUUACCGACUGAUCCAAUUCACAGCUGAUGAAGAGUUCCGUGAUUAUUACCGCACUUACGAACUCACCUCACUCGAUGAUCGCAUCGGAAUAUUGUUCAGCAUUGAGAAUCGAGCUAUUCAUGUUGAUGGAAUCAAUCAGGAGCCGACAAGUUCGGCACAAUUCCUGAAAUUGUGGAAGACGAGUGCGGAACCGAUAAAAGAGGAGAAAUCGAAGAAGCAAGCAGCAAUGAAAUAUGACGACGACGAUGAAGACGAUGAAGAAGAAUCGACGCAAUUCUCAGACGUCGUCGAAAUGCAAAAAGAGUGGAUGGAAAUGGUUAAUCGGCCAGGAAGUUUCCUCGAAUCUCCGUCGUCACCAAAAAAGUCAUCAGCGGCGACGCCAAAUAAACAGCAAAAAUCGAAAAAAUCGGUUCUCGGAACUGGAUUGCAAUUUGCCAAAGAAUUGUACAAUUUGAAUACUUUGCACACGAAAACGCACGAGAAAAAUCAUUACGAACAAUACGCGAGAAUGGCGUUCAAGUGUGCUCGCAAGGAUUGGGAGCUGUUGAAACCAACUUUGCUGAGCGAGCUUAAACUGAGCGUUAAGCUUGAGCCGAGGCGUCCAACUUUGUUCACAGCCGAUGAUUGCUAUCGAACUGAGCCUCCAGAACUAUCCGAUUCGGCCAUCUCAUUUUAUGAGAAAAAUGCGAAAUUCUCUUAUUUCACCCAUCGCACGAAUCCACAUGAUCAGGAACGAUUCAAUCAAUAUUUCAGUUAUUAA